AACACCCCACCCAACCCCACCCCCACAACAAAAACUCCCGAGAGGGUUUCGAUCACAAAGUUGGGGCCGAAGCUUCGAGUCAUUCAAAAAAUCUCUCUCUCUCUCUCUCUCUCUCUCUCUCUCUCCUCGAUUCCCACGCCGUGGAGAUCGAAAAAGCGGAUUAGGGUUUACGCAGGGCCCCUUUUCUUGAAGACCAUUUGAUUAUUGGAGUGGUUCAUGCUCUUCAGCUACUUGAUUACCCUUCUCAAUGCCUCUCCAGACAUCGCCCCGCUGGCGUGAGCGGGCAACGGACUUCUUCUCUUCUUCCGGGAUCAAAAUUAAGCAGGCCAGCCAAUCGGCAGGAGGAAACGUUGCUGAUGCAGCCGGUAAGGUCGGCUCCAUGGUGAAAAGUAGGUGGGCUCUCUUUCAAGAAACUAGGCAGCGCAGGCCGCCGGCACCUCCUGUAGAGAGGGUGCAAGAACGCCUAAUUUCUGCUGCAGCUUCCACAGGGGUGCUUCUGAGGAAGGGCUUUUCUGAGACGAAGGAGAAGGUUGCUGUCGGAAAGCUGAAAGUUGAAGAGGCAGCGAAGAAGACUGCUGAUAAAAGUAAGAGUAUUUUGAACAACAUUGAGCGGUGGCAAAAGGGCGUUGCCAGCAAUGAUGUUUUCGGUGUCCCGAUUGAGAUUAUUGUGCAACGACAGCACUCGACAAGAGCUGUGCCUCAAAUAUUGGUCAGAUGUGCAGAUAGCCUAAUUAUAUCAGGGUUAAAUUUUGAAUACUUGUUCAAAACUGAGGGAGACAGAAAGGUCAUUCGACAAUUAGUUUCACUUUACAACCAAGACUGGAAUGCAACUUUGCCGGAGGGUGUAAGCCCAAUUGAUGUGGCUGCGCUGAUUAAAUGUUAUCUUGCUAGCCUUCCUGAGCCACUUGCUACAUUCGAUUUAUAUCAUGAGAUUAGAGAUGCCAGGAGUAGCAUACGUGAUAUGAGAAGCAUUUUGAAGAAGCUCCCUAAUGUGAAUUACAUGACACUGGAGUUUGUUACUGCUCUUCUCCUUCGAGUUAGCCAGAAGUCCUCACUCAACAAGAUGAAUGCUCACAGCCUUGCUUUGGAAAUGGCACCCGUGAUUUUGUGGCGACAAGGUGAUUCUGGGACUGAUUUACGCAACCACCUUAGGUAUACAUUAAAAGCUCCUCCCAAGACUCUGGAUCCAGCAUCAAACAACUAUACAUGGGAGAACUAUUUGGAUGAAGACAAUAGCAUGGAUGCUUCUUCCCAAAUCCCUUUGGACGAUGGUCCACCACCUGAUUACGGUGCCAUUGAGGUUAUUCAGUGCCUCAUUGAGCACCAUAAUACCAUUUUCACAGAUGCUAACGAGACCAUAUGGAGAUAACUUUCAUGCUACGCAUGUUUGUGCAUUCUGGCCCUCUUGCUGUUUUGAACAAUUUUUCCUUGUAAAAAACAUAUUUUUUGGGGGGGGAUCAUGGAACAAUUUAGGAGUUAUUUAGAUUUUUGUCUUUUAUUUGGUUAACCUCUGUAGGAAAGAAAUGCAGGGAACAAUGAUUUGUCACUUGUAUAGUUAAAACUAAAAAUUGAUGGGUUUUGACUACAGUUUUGGAGCAUUAACCAUUUCAAAGUGAUUGUGGUAAAACAA